AUGCAAGCCGUGACAGACUACCGAAUUAGGCUAAACAGUGAUUGGAUCGAUCACUUGCAAUACGACCCGGUGCCAGGGGAUUCAAGUCGUCCAAUGUUAAAUGCGGCGUUUGGUGCAUGUCAUAUGGGCAUGACUGGUAGGGCCACAAAGUAUGGCACCUCUAAGCCGCCUGAGGAUCCGUACCUACGAGAAGAGCAUCUGGUCCAAACCAGCAAGGCGGCAACAAGUUCGCGGUCCCCUUCACGCACAAGUUUCUGGCAUCGCCUGAUAGAUUUACCUGGCUGUACUAUUUUAGAUCUGAACAAUCAGCGAAAAACCAUUCCUUAG